GGUAAGGGCGGCAAGAAUCGCCGCCGCGGAAAGGCGGACGGAGACAACAAGCGCGAGCUCAUCUUCAAGGAGGACGGGCAGGAGUACGCGCAGGUGACGCGGAUGCUUGGGAACGGCCGGCUGGAGGCGUUUUGUUUUGACGGCGUCAACAGCAGGAUAUGUCAUAUACGGGGGAAAGUACGAAAGUGA